CCAUGUUUCUGCUUGACAGAGAGAGAAGCAUUGACAUCAACGCGUCAACGCGGCUGCAACAGAAGACUUGCCAUUAACAAUUUCACGCGCCCCAAUCCAUUGCUCUUUUAAUUGCUCACAGCAAACAUGGUGUCUCCGCAAUAGAAAAUCGUGCAUCCAGAUGCAUCAGCAGCACAAACAUUUGGAUUGCUCCUCAGCCAUGGCACACAGACAGACAAGAUCCGAGCUUUGGAGGCGGGUCAACGGAGACGCACCUGAGGUACCUGGUACCAAGGUUGGUGUACGGUACGUGUCAUAAGGGUUAAGGCUUAAAUUUGUAUCCAACCUUCGGCCAUUCGUCAAAAGCACGUGUCGUCCUUCAAUCCAAAGCAAGAAGCAAGAAGCAAAUUGCAAGGAGUGACGAGUCUUCACAAUUGAGGCAGGAGUUUCACAGAGCUACGAUAGAGGACAAGACCAACCUGAUCAGACAAGUAUAGACAAAUGCUUUGAUAAGAUGAAGCCCUAUGUGAUUCUUUUUCUUUGGUUCGUGAAGUUGUGCGGAGCGUUUUCAACGCCAACGCCAUCACUGCAGCCCAAAAGGAUACCCAUCACUGUGAUUUCUGGAUUUUUGGGAAGCGGGAAAACUAGUCUCCUGCAGCACAUGCUGGAAAACAGGGAAGGUAUCAGGAUAGCAGUGAUUGUGAAUGACGUGGCAUCGGUCAACAUUGAUAGCAAACUUGUCUCUGGCACUAGUAAUGCCGAUGGCAUGGUGCAACUCCAAAAUGGCUGUGCUUGCUGUUCCUUGGCUGAUGAACUUCUGGGAAGCGUGGCAGAGUUGGUAACUCUUAGUGACAUGAGAGGAGAAUCAGACGCAUUUGACCAUAUUGUUGUAGAGUUGAGUGGGGUUGCGGAUCCAAAAGGAGUGAGGUCGCAGUUUCAAGAGGCCAUGUUCUACAACAUGCCAAUCAUGGAAAGAGUCAAACUGGAUACAAUGGUGACAUUGGUUGACUGCAGCGUCUUUCUGAAACACUUGCAAAGUUCCAAGGCAGCAAACGUCGACGAGGCUCCCGAGCUGUUCUACACCGAUGGAGAAACCCCUCCGGAAAAUCCAGAUUGGAUGGAUGAUUUGCCGCCCGCACUCCAGGAAGUCUUGAUGGCUGGUAGCAGCAACAAUCUACAAAGCCAAGCAGCAUCCAAUGCCGUUGCUGACUUGUUGGUGUCCCAGUCAGAGAUUGCAGAUGUCUUGCUCUUGAACAAAGGAGACCUUGUGGAGAAUCCCGAUGAUAUGGAAACUAUCAACCAAAUAGUAUUGGCAUUGAACCCAAAGGCGCGGAUUGAUAGGACGUUGUACGGAAAGAUUUCGCUUCCAAGUGUCCUUGCAGUUGCAGGAGGGAAAGGGGUUGUGGAGGCUGGUGUUGUGGACGACCAUCGUGAUGCUGUGCAGGUGGCAGAGCAGAAUGUCCCCACUAGAGCAAAUGAUCACUCGCACCAAUCAUCACAUGAACACUCGCACAGACACAAAGAUGAUCACUCGCACCAAUCAUCACAUGAACACUCGCAUAGUCAAAAGCAUGGCGACGAACCAGAUGGUACAGAUACCAGUCACAACAGCCACACACACUCCCACAGCCACGAUCAUCAAGAAUGCACUGAUCCAGAUUGCACGGACACAAGUCACAGUCACAGCCAUAACCAUGAACAAUCUACAACCCUCAGCCAGCUUGGGAUCGGCUCCUUUGUCUACCGUGCCCGAAAACCCUUUCAUCCUCAGAGACUUGUAGCAUUCUUACGGCACUUACCAAUCUCGAGAGGCCUAGCAGAGAAAGUGGACGAGGACCCCGAGCUGAUGCUAUCUGAGGACGCCAAACAGGCUUUACAAAGAGUGGUUCGCUCGAAGGGAUUCGUCUGGCUGGCAGACUCAAAUGUGGCAGCAAUGUAUUGGUCCCACGCCGGAAGCUCAUUUGAAUUGCAAUGUCUGGGCCGAUGGUGGUCGACACUCUCGAGGGCAGAGUGGCCUCCUGAUGCAAAGAGUACAAUUCUAGCUGAUUUCGACGAUCCCAAUCACGAUGACCAGGACACCGGAUGUGAUUCAGUGGGAGAUCGUCGACAAGAAGUAGUGUUUAUUGGAGCGGGACUUCAAACAGAUCAGCAACAAACUGCGAUUUGUUCCGGCCUGGACCAGUGCCUGCUCAAUGACUCCGAAUGGGAUGAAUUCAGAACGAAUCGAGCCACGGAGAGUGCACUUCGAACUACUUUUGCCAAUGGCUUGCCAGUCAAGAUGCUAACCUACUAGCUAGUCCCAGCACUACUUCACCCAGAGCAGAUAUUUUUACAUGUAUGGCGCAUGUAGUUUAUAGCUGCUAGUAGAAUGUUUAGGCAUUACUAUUUGAAUG